CCAUCAUCUCCCUCCCCGCUUUGCCUUUCAGUGCCCCUCCGAUGAAGACGACGAAGAAGAGAUUCUUCUUCUUUUACAGGCGGAAAAGCUCAAAGCACCAGCCCAAGGAAUAAAGAAGGAAAGAGAGAACGAAGGAAUCCAGCAUUCCCCAGAACCCCCAUAGCCCACCGAAAUCCUCCCAAAUUGCGGCCGCAAAGUCCUAGGGCUCCACAUUUGCCCGCCGGCGCUGUUCUUGGAUCCGAGGACGGGGAGUUCGGGCUGCAGAGGCACCCGGAAGCAGCAGUUUUGCGGCAAUGGAGUCGAUUCUUGCUCGGGCAUUGGAGUACACACUCAAGUACUGGCUCAAAUCCUUCUCCCGCGACCAGUUCAAGCUGCAGGGCCGGACCGUGCAGCUCUCCAAUCUGGAUAUCGAUGGGGAUGCUCUGCACUCUAGCAUUGGGUUGCCUCCGGCCCUGAACGUGACAACUGCUAAAGUCGGAAAAUUGGUGAUAGUGCUUCCAUCAUCGGUAAGCAAUGUCCAGAUAGAGCCAAUUGUUGUCCAAAUUGAUAGGCUUGACUUGGUGCUUGAGGAGAAUCAGGAUGAAGAAGCAUGCAGAAGUCCAUGUAGUACACCCUCUUCUACCGGCUCAGGAUGGGGUAGCGGCUAUGGAUUUGCUGAUAAGAUUGCAGAUGGGAUGAGCGUGGAGAUUAAUACUGUCAACCUUCUACUUGAAACUUGUGGGGGUGGCAGGCAGAAAGGAGGAGCUGCCUGGGCAUCACCAAUGGCUUCUAUUACAAUACGUAAUCUUAUGCUUUACACCACAAAUGAAGACUGGGAGGUUGUAAAUCUUAAGGAAGCUCGCGACUUCUUCAGUAAUAGUAAAUUUAUUUAUGUAUUCAAGAAACUUGAAUGGGAGUCUCUAUCUAUUGAUCUUCUUCCUCAUCCUGAUAUGUUCACGGAAUCCAAUCUAGCGCGAGCACAAGGAGCGAAUCAAAGAGAUGAUGAUGGAGCAAAGAGAGUUUUCUUUGGUGGGGAGCGUUUCUUAGAAGGAAUAUCGGGGCAGGCCUAUAUCACUGUGAAGAGGACGGAAUUAAACAGGCCACUUGGGCUUGAGGUCCAACUACAUAUUACUGCAGCAGUUUGUCCUGCAUUAAGUGAACCAGGACUCCGAGCGCUUCUACGUUUCCUGACUGGAUUAUACAUCUGCCUUAACCGAGGAGACGUGGAUUUAAAGGCUCAACAGGGUUCCGUUGAAGCAGCUGGCAUCUCUCUGGUGUCUAUUGUAGUGGACCAUAUAUUUUUGUGCAUUAAAGAUGCUGACUUCCAGCUUGACGUGUUGAUGCAGUCACUUCACUUUUCUCGGGCAACUGUUUCUGAUGGAGAAAGUGCCAAUAACUUGACGACGGUGACCAUUGGUGGCUUGUUCUUAAGGGACACCUUUUCACGCCCUCCAUGCACCUUGGUGCAACCUUCAAUGCUGUCUUCUGCAAAUGAGUCUCCAAAGAUUCCUGAAUUUGCCAAGAACUUUUGCCCUCCAAUAUACCCUUUGGGAGAAGCAGAUUGGCAGAAAAUCGUGGGUGUUCCCUUAAUAACACUGCACUCUCUUCAAGUCAAACCUUCCCCAGUCCCACCCUCUUUUGCUUCAGAGACGUUCAUCAACUGUCAGCCUCUUAUGAUCUAUCUUCAGGAAGAAUCAUGUCUGAGGAUAGCUUCGUUCUUGGCGGAUGGAAUUGUUGUCAGUCCUGGUGUUGUCUUACCUGAUUCCUCAGUAAAUUCAAUUUUGUUUAUUCUGAAGGAGCUUGACAUUACCUUCCCAUUGGAGAUGGGUGAAGUUUACACUCCAAGCAACAAAAAUAAAAGCGUUCCUCACAGUUCCUUCACUGGAGCAAAGCUUCAUAUAGAAGACCUGCUAUUCUCUGAGUCACCUUCCCUGAAGCUGAAGCUGCUGAAUCUCGAGAAAGAUCCUGCUUGCUUUUGUCUCUGGGAAGAUCAGCCCAUCGAUGCUAGUCAGAAGAAAUGGACCACUAAGGCAUCAAACCUGAAUUUAUCUCUUGAAGCAUCUUCUAGCUUUGAUAACCUUAAUCAAUCUCAGGAACCAAUUUCAGACUUAUGGAUAUGUGUCGAGGUUAAAGAUGUUUGUGUUGAAGUGGCCAUGGCUACUGCUGAUGGGGGUCCUCUCACAGACGUUCCUCCUCCCGGUGGCAUAUUGAGAGUCGGGGUAGCUUGUGGUCGAUAUUUAUCCAAUUCUUCAGUCGAGCAAUUAUUUUUUGUGCUGGACCUUUAUGCCUAUAUUGGUAAGAUCAGUGAAAAGAUAGCUCUAGCAGGGAAGAGUAGCAGAAAAAGGAAAAUUGAGGAAGAAGAAUCAACUCGUGGGAGGCUUAUGGACAAGGUCCCCAGUGAUACUGCCGUGAGCCUUGCUGUAUCAGAUCUUCAGCUUCGAUUUCUUGAAUCUUCUUCUGUGGAUAUUGAGGGCAUGCCUCUUGUUCAGUUCGCCGGAGAAGACUUCUUCAUCAAAGUUACCCAUAGAACCCUCGGAGGUGCCAUAGCUGUAUCUUCAAUUUUUUGUUGGGAGAGCAUUGAGAUUGACUGCAUAGAUACUAAAAGCGGAUCGGCGUUGACUUCCACUGGAAAUGGUCAACUCACAGACUCAGAUACAUUGAGAGCUGUCCUGUGGAUACAUAAUAAAAGGGAGCAUCGAUCCAGCAUCAAGUAUAACGGGGUUCCAUUUCUUGACAUUAGCACUGUCCAGGUGAUUCCAUUCAAUGAGCUUGACAAAGAAUCUCAUAGUUUGAAUUUAUCGGCUUGCAUUUCGGGUAUUCGCCUUGGUGGUGGAAUGAACUAUGUGGAGUCCCUUCUGCAUCGAUUCGGAAUACUCGGGCCUGAUGGUGGGCCUGGGGAGGGUCUCUUGAAAGGGAUAGAGAAUUUGUCAUCGAGCCCCCUGGCAAAACUUUUUAAAGCAUCACCGCUCACUGUUGAUGAGAUACAGAGUAAUGGGAAGGAAGACUUUCUGCACUUGGCGAGGCCCGAUGAUGUGGACGUAUCUGUGGAAUUGAAGGACUGGUUAUUUGCUCUCGAAGGUCCUGAGGAAAUGACAGACAGGUGGGAGGAUUAUGAUCAUGCUGAUGUCUGCAGAGAGGAGAGAUCUUGGCACAUGAUGUUUCAGAGAUUGCAAAUAGCAGCUAAGAGCAAACUGGAGCAUGGACAUGGAAUGAACUGCAAUGAAAAUUCAAAUGGGAUGUCAAGAUACCCUUUAGAAUCAGUGAUUGUUAGUAUCGAAGGUUUACAGGCUGUGAAGCCUCAUGCUCAGAAGGAAAUCCUUCUACGAGCCUCACAGACAAAUGGGAUCAAAGAGACUGUUCAAACUUCUGGUGGAGUAGAUGUUGAAGCUCGUAUGGUAAUUUCUGACGAAAAUGGUCAGGGUGAAAUGGGUGAAUGGAUGGUGGAAAACCUGAAGUUCUCAGUCAAGAAACCGAUAGAGGCAGUUGUGACGAAAGAGGAGCUUCAACACCUCGUGUUUCUAUGCAAAUCUGAGGCCGACUCUAUGGGUCGAAUCGUUGCUGGAGUCCUCUGCCUGCUGAAGCUUGAAGGUUCCAUUGGACAUGCAGCAAUCGACCAACUAAGAAACCUUGGAAGUGAGGGUCUUGACAGGAUUCUCACUCCCGAUAAGCUUAGCAGGGUUAAUAGCCCCCGAAGCUUCGGGCUCAACUCACCUAGGUUGAUAAGUGAAGCUCUCAACCCAAGCUUGCUGACAACAGUGGCUUCAAUUGAGGAGGCUGUCUCAGAUUCUCGAGCCAAAUGUGCUGCCCUCACGGCCGCCUUGGACAGCCCUGGAUCUUCGGAAGUUGAACAGCUCUCGCAGAGACUCGAACAAAUGGAGUUUUUACUGAAGCAACUGAGGACUCAAAUCUGACCAGUGGUCAACAAUUGACAAUUUUGCCGAAACAGGUUUGAAACUGUAUAUAGGGAUCCCGAUCCCCUCUUUGUGUACAGUACACACAUAUAUACGAGCAAUCGAGUGCUGCAAAGGGAAUAGCGUAGGGAGAUGAAUAACCAUGAACUUAUUUGUGCAAUCGAAAAUUGUCUCGUACAGAGAGGAAAGAUAAUUCUUGUUAGGUAUUUACUGUACUUUAUAUUGAUUGAUGUAUGAGAGGAAGUCCAUUUGGGUAGGUAAUUUAAUUCUUUUUUUUUUGUCUUAAUUGAACAAAGCAAACUAUCAUAUGAUUACAUGACAACAUGAAAUAUCAGUUUGUAAAUA